GUCUCCGCGGCCCCUCCUCCCUGUUCCUAGUGAAAACCGAGCUAGUGAGGGAAAAGCGACGGGAGGACAGACCAAGGAGGGAGAAAGCUUUCUGUAUCAGCUAGUCUACUGGUUUCGGCUACUUUUUUCCUUGUUUCGGUUGUUUCAUAUCAAUGUGCAUCGAUGUGGCGAUACCCAGUGCGUAUUUUAUUCGGCUGGAAAACGUCGUAAAGCUGAGCGCUCACACGGUGAACGACAGUCUGACCGCUGAAGCUUAGCUCAACUGAACCCAAGUUAGCCUCCUCUGGCUAACUUUAGCAGCACGUAAGAAAGGACAGAAAACAGAUUUGUGACAAAGGGAGUUACAGCAAAUAGGGACGCUUCGGCGUAAUUUAACUCGUAAUGUUUCCUCCACGGAUUAACUUUACGGACGGAUGAAAACGACAUUAUCGACUGGUGAAGAGCGAACACAACAGCGAGCCGGACGACCACUGCUAUGUUGGGGGUGACUCUCAGUUCUGGCAGCCCGUCUGGGCGCCGAUUCUGGCCUCACUGGGUGCUGUGGAGGCUCGGGGGAUUCUUCCUGCUGCUGCUGCUGGAAGGCGCCGGCUGCCUCGCCAGUCAGAGCAGCCCUUCAGGCGUCCACAUCAACAACAACCCUAGUGUCAACAUUUACAUGAGCGUGGAGGAGGUGAAGAAGCUUUUAGGUCUAGAUGCAGAGCUGUAUUAUGUACGAGAUGACGUGGUGAAUCAUUAUGCUCUCUCCUUCAACAUGACUGUGCCCACUGAGACCAACAGCCUGUACUUCACCUGGUAUUCCAAGUCAAAGGUUGACUACCAGCUUGCAUUCUAUGUGGAGAACCCUGCUGCCCUGAACACCCCAUGGAGUAACAUCUCCAGUCAGGGAGAGGUGCCCCGCGUUCCCUCAGUGUUUAGGGUGGACAUCGUCUGUUCUGAAAACGUCGAUGAAGAGGUGUUUGUUACAAUGCAGCUCAAUCUGACCAGCCAUGUCAACAACUUCACAGUGCUGAACUUCAAGAGGAGGAAAAUGUGCUUCAAAAGAAUUGACUCCGACUCGAACAUUCCCGUACCCAUCAACAAUAACAGCGCUCUUCCAAUGGGCUUUGAUGGUGUGCCCACUCCCACCACCUCCACCCAGGUGUUCUACAUAAGCGUGAGCAUCUGCUGCAUUGUUAUAUUUCUUGUGGCCAUCAUCCUGGCCAUCCUUCACCUGCACAGCGUAAAGAGGGUGGAGAUGGAAGACAGUGUGAGUGACAGUGGAAGCUCGCAGGGUCUUUCUCAACCGUCCACUCAGACCACACAGUACCUGAGGGCCGACACGCCAAACAACGCUGCUUCUGUCACCAACAAUCACCCUGGCUCUGCACCCAUUCUCCAGCUUGCUGCCUCCUCCUUCCAAAACCCAGGUGCUCCCCCUCAUGAAACCAAAAGUUACCCGUCUCUCCGAAUAGAGAAGAAUGACCUCAGGAGUGUGACUUUAAUGGAGGCCAAGGCAAAAGUAAAAGACAUCGCAAUCUCAAGGGACAGAGUCACCCUGCGACAUGUCUUACAGGAAGGAACAUUUGGCCGAAUCUUCCACGGAGUGCUGCUGGAUGAAAAGGACCCCACCAAGGAGAAACAAGUCUUUGUGAAGACAGUGAAAGAUCAUGCCUCAGAGGUGCAGGUGACCAUGAUGCUGACUGAAAGCUGUAAACUUAGAGGACUUCAUCAUAGAAACCUGCUGCCCAUUUGUCAUGUGUGUACAGAGGAGGGAGAAAAACCCAUGGUGCUGCUGCCCCUCAUGGCCUGGGGCAAUCUCAAGUUGUUCCUGCGCCAAUGCAAGCUAGCCGAGGCUAACAACCCUCAGGCGAUCUCUCAACAGGACCUGGUGUACAUGGCCAUUCAGAUCGCGUGCGGAAUGAGCUACCUGGCUCGCAGGGAGGUCAUCCACAAAGACCUCGCUGCUCGGAACUGUGUCAUUGACGACAACAUGCAGGUGAAGAUUACGGACAACGCCCUCGCUCGAGAUCUAUUUCCGAUGGAUUACCACUGUCUGGGGGAUAAUGAGAACCGUCCUGUCCGCUGGAUGGCUCUGGAAAGCUUGCUCAACAAUGACUUCUCCAGCGCCAGUGACGUGUGGGCCUUCGGCGUGACGCUGUGGGAGCUCAUGACUUUGGGGCAGACCCCCUACGUCGACAUCGACCCUUUUGAGAUGUCUGCCUACCUAAAGGACGGCUACAGAAUAGCACAGCCUAUCAACUGUCCAGAUGAACUGUUUGCUGUGAUGGCUUGUUGCUGGGCGCUGGACCCAGAGGAGAGGCCCAAGUUUCAGCAGCUUGUUCAGUGCCUCACAGAGUUUCACGCCGCGCUGGGUGCUUACGUGUAAAAACAGCCAUAUUCAUGUCAACAAAGGUUAGGAAAAACAACACUAAAGGCUGCUGGACUCUACUCACUUGGAACACGUUCAAAAAUGUGCCUUAUCAGACUCUCGCCUAAAGAUUUUCCUUUGUACAGUUUUUUUUUAUUGUUUAAUUACCUUUUUACAGCAUAGAGGAGGAAAAAGAUACGUUAUUUUCUGUUGUUUGGUUUCCUUCCAAAGCAUCUUCUCCUCAACCUGAGAGGACAGGAACAAUGGAGACAUGUCCUCCUCCGUGUGACUCAUGAACGACUGAACAACUCUUACAGAACACUUAAAGCUUCUGAAAACGAGCAUUUUCUACAGGUUUGUUAUGUAGUAAAACAGUAUAAAUUUGUUUGGGUACCAAAGCAGACUCAAACGCCACGCUGGUACAGCUUGUGUCGUCCCAGAUGUUUAGAUUUGCUCUGUUGUGGUGAGCUCGAGCUUGGUACGACAGGUAGCCAGGAAACCACGCUCCGAUUGUUGUGAUAUUUCUGAGAGCUCUUCAAAUGGUACGGCGCUUCCUCUGGAUGAGUUUCCUUUCCUUCUAUUUAAUCGUGCCAACACUCAGUGGAAACAUCCCAGGUGCUUUUAUGGCUGCUCUGUGGACAGAACCGCAGCUCAGAUUACAGCGAAGCUGCACACACACCAGCUUUCACAUUCUUAUUCAGUUUGGAUUUUACAGACUGUAAUUAUUUGAAUGCCUCUUUUUUCUUUGUAUAUUUUGUAUAUUUGAUUUAUGCCCUCUCCCCCAUAUACUGUUUUUUAUAAGCUUGAUUGUUCUGUGUCAGAACACACCCCUAAACAGAGUGAUUUGUAGAAACGUUUAUGCUAUCAAUCACUGUGAAAACAUAUGACUGCCAACCAGCGUGCUCUCAUUGUAUUCCUCCACCUUUAACAUCUUUGUGAUAUGUUUUUAUGGUCACUGCAUGUUGAGAUAACUGCUUCCCAAAUUCAUAUCCACAAAUAAAAUGGGAUCUUUUAAAAA